ACCAGACACGACACGAAGCGACCGGUACUAGAGAGCCGCAUUCGCCUCCCGAUAUUCGAACAAGUUGCGCUGUCGCGAGCAGAAGACAUAUUUCGCGGGCAUUUAAACAUACAAUAUCGCACUUACGCAAACGCGUUGUUAUUUUCUUUGUAUUUGGCUCGCGAGUCGAGACGUAGAGGCGCUGGUUUACUGACACGGAGAAUAGUUGUUUUUUUUUUCCUUCUAUCGCAGAGAGAUAAGUAAAAUUUUAUAACUGCCGAGGCGUUAUAACUUGAGUGGCGUUUGUAUUGCUGGGAAACUUGUGAAAGUACGUCAUUGAAUAGGAGUUGGUAAAAUGGGGAUGCGGAGUCCGAUACUGCCGGAGAUCAGGGAGGCCUGCAAGGAUCUGGUGCUCUCCGAUGAACAACUCAAGCUAGUCAUGCAAAGGCUCACCGAAGAAAUCAACAAAGGUUUAUCAAAGGCAACUCACGACGAAGCCGUUGUUAAAUGCUUCACCACUUACGUCCAGGAUCUUCCGAAUGGCACUGAGAAGGGAAAGUUUUUGGCGCUUGAUUUGGGUGGAACGAAUUUUCGUGUUCUGCUGAUCACCCUGGAUGGUAACAACUUUGAUAUGAAGAGCAAAAUCUACGCGAUACCACAGAGUCUCAUGCUUGGCACCGGGAAGCAACUCUUCGAUCACAUCGCUCAGUGCCUUGCACUUUUCAUCACCGACCUCGGCCUCGACGACGUAAUUCUUCCCUUGGGAUUUACCUUCAGCUUUCCUUUGACCCAGCUCGGACUUACCAAAGGAAAGCUGGUCCGGUGGACCAAGGGAUUCAACUGCAGCGGCGUCGUCGGCGAGGACGUCGUCGCACUGCUCGAGGAGGCAAUCGCUAGGAGAAACGACGUGAAAAUUGACGUAUGUGCCAUCCUGAACGAUACAACCGGCACCCUCAUGUCCUGCGCGUGGAAGAACCGGAACUGUCGCAUUGGUCUGAUAGUUGGUACCGGUUCGAACGCCUGUUACGUGGAGAAGACUAGCAAUGUCCAGUGCGUGAAUCACGAAAGCGGUAACUACGACAAACCGAACAUGCUGAUAAACACGGAGUGGGGUGCUUUCGGCGAGGGUGGCGUCCUUGACUUCAUACUGACUGAGUAUGAUCACGACAUCGACAACAAUUCGAUAAACCCGAGGAGACAGAUAUUCGAGAAAAUGAUAUCGGGGAUGUACAUGGGCGAGCUGACUCGCCUCGUGCUCGAAAAACUAGCAACGGACGGUCUCUUAUUCGGUGGAAAAUGUCCAAAUGGCCUACGACAGAGGGGGAAAUUCUUCACGAAAUACGUAUCCGAGAUCGAAAGUGACGCGAAGGGCAAGUACGGGAAUUGCCGGCAAGUUUUGGCCGAGUUGGGAAUCCGGAAUGCCGUAGAUCAGGACUGCGAGAACGUGAGAUAUGUUUGUUCAGUUGUCUCGCGGAGAGCAGCUCACCUUUCCAGUGCCGGAAUCGCUACUCUCCUCAACAAAAUGGGAGAGGACAACGUUACUGUCGGUAUUGACGGAUCUGUCUAUAGGUUCCAUCCUCAUUUUCAUGAUUUAAUGACGGAGAAAAUUGGUCAUCUUCAGAGUCAUAAGUUUGACCUGAUGUUGUCGGAAGACGGUAGUGGUCGUGGAGCGGCGCUGGUCGCCGCCGUAGCUUCUCGAGACCGGUGAAGACGCACCUGAUCAACGACUGAUGAGAAUUUUUUUACUUAAUUCAAUUCAACGUGAUGAUCAGCACAUUCAUGUACAUAUAGCAGACAAGCGUUUAGCUUGAAAUUAGAGCGAUGUCAGCCUGGCGCGUGCGCGCGCUAUUCAAUCUGAUUAUUACAUGUAUAAUAUACCUAGUAUGUACAAUAGCUGAUUAAUUCGGUUCCUAAACAUAUGACCUUGGCGUGGGUUGUAAUCAUCAUUCAUUUAUUCGUAGGAUAAUAAUAGUGGUUUACUUCGAUUUUUCGUACAACGUUCGUAAUAAACAAGGUGCGACGAAGAUGUCGGACGUUGACCGUUACGAGGAACCACUGCAGGCGACUACAUAAUUUGAAAACCCUUUGUUAGGCUAAUAUUCUUGAAAUCAUUUACAGAUUGGUUAAUUAUAUUUCUAGCGAAACAACGGAAAAAAUCGAAUUGCUAAUAACUAAAGUUACGAUACUGUAUGCAUUGUAUAUUUCUGAGCUUUAGUUUUACUUUCUUUCGUACGAACGAGCACGAUGUAUAAAAUCAUCUACUUAUCCAAGUAAGGUACUUACGCCACAAAAAUCUAGGAGUUCGGUACCCCUGAUAGGCUUGUGCUACUUAAUGCGAAAUAUUAAUUGUUUACUUAAUGAAAAAUUUCUUAUAGGGAAAAUUGGUAGCAAAAAAAUAAAAAAAAGUACUACUGUAUUCCGGUAUAAUGAUGUGUGUCGGUUUUAUAUUAGAUUGUUGAGCAAUUUGAUAUGAUGUACUUAACGUCGAACUAACAUUAUACAUAUAUAGAGUCGCCUUAACAACAAAAUUAUAGCAAUUAAAAUAACGAACUAGGAAUUAGUACCUUGUUCAAAAUUUCAUGGAAUAACUUAUUAUUAUUAUUUUAUCUUGUAUACAUAAAUAUUGUAUAUGAAUAUAAUAUGUUGAGAAAACUGAUGAAUGUGCGAACGAGUAGUUGUGGAAAGUACGAAUGAUAUUCGCAUGAUGUAUCAAUAUUCAAGAUGAUAAUUGUGAAAUAUUUUUUUUUAGUAAAGAAUGUGAGAUUUAAA